AUGGAUAAGAAGAAGAAAGUGCACAAAAAGAGACUUUCUUCUCGACUUCGCCUUAAACCAAUGGAUUCAGAUGCCUUGCAGUUCGUGAUUAAAAAGAAGAACGUGCAUAUUGAAGAUAAUGAUGACAAAGGUGGCAAAAUUCAACCACCACCAAAUCCUCCUUGGAUUCCUUUUAAAAAUGUUGCAGAUAUGUACGACAAAAUGAAUAAAACAAAAACUGCAAAGCGAGAUGAGAAGGUGGAAACGAAGCCAAAAGUAAGGAUUCAUAAAUCUGAAAAGAGAAAAAGUCUAAAUAAACUAACCAUAGAGGUUAGUCAACCUCCUGAAAUUGUAGAAACAGAUACAGCACAAGAAGAUAUGGCUUUAACUUCUCCAGUACCUGAUAAGUCUGAGGUGACUCCUAGCAUUUCAAUACAUGACGAGCAGUUUUCAGAUUCUACUGAACACCAUGUAAGUGAGGAUACGGUUUCUGAAGAAUCAGAUUUCCAAGAGGAGAAGAAUGAAUGGGAACAAAAAGACAGGAAGAAAAUACCUAAUUAUCUGAGGAAAGAUUUUGGGAACCGUAUUAGAUACGAUCCAACAGUACCAAAGGAUGACAAUGCUGUAAGACAUAUUUUAAGACUGAGAGAGAAGCUGAAUUGGAAAACUGAGUUAACAGCACGUGGAUUUGACAUUAAAAAAACUAAAGAGUUACGUCUGAAGACGCCGUUUAUGGAAUCAUUACAUAUUAAAGAUGAUGGAGAAUAUGUAUAUGGCCUUCUCAGAAAUAGAAACAAUUGCAGAGCUCUUUAUAAUCCUUAUGAUAUUCAAGUGGUUUCUACAAAUGAAGCUAGAACCUGCCAAGAAUUUUGGGUUAUUACAGCUUCAUUUGUCUCAAAGGUUACUCGAGUAGGUAAGAGAGAAGAAGUAGAAAUGACACCUGUCAUGGAAUGGCUCGUGGAAAGAAAUCACUUCAUUGCAUUUCAUAAAUUUUCUUUCUUUUCCAAAUUCCGAAUAAGAAAAUCAUUUAUCACCUGGAAAAACAAUGUUAAAAGAAGUAAAACAGACAAGAGCAAAUUGAUAUUGUACAAGAAACUUUUUUGGGCUGAUAAAUUAUAUCAAAGAUGUUUGUUUCAAAUACGGAACCUUUGUGAAAAUGCAAGUGACCUUAAAAAAGGCAGACUCAGGGAGGAUAAUCCCUCUGCAAUCCUUCUGGUUAAGCUGGACCGAUACCAUACAUACUCUCUGGAUGAGUUUUGUGAGGAACAGUUACAACAGACUGUCCAAGCACUAAAGCAGCUAGAGGAACUUAAGGAGAAAAUCAUUUCUGUGAUUAAAAGUACAUUUUUACAGGCUGCAGAAAGGAAGGGAAUAAAAAGUUGUUUUGAGAAUGAACCACUUGAAAACAAGAUAGAACACAUCAAUGCACCUGCUCAUCGUCGUAUGGUAGAAAAAUUUUCAAGAUUUCUUAAAUUAGUUGACCACCUAUUCCAAGAACUGAUCCGACAGCUGGUGCAGACUGCAAUCAAACUAUUUUCGGAUUUACUUAGUAAAUCUAGCAAAAUGGGAUGCUUAGCAGAAAAAAAGAAUAAAGACCUCAUAAAGGCAACAAAGGACAGCAUAUUGUUCAAACUGCCUGAAAAGAUGGGUGAUAAGGAAGAAAACUAUGAGUCAGCAACUGACAUCGGAGUUUUGCAAGAUGAUAUUACAAAGAUGUUUAAGAAGCUGAGUAUGAAAAAAGACUCACGAAGACAAAUUGAGGCAGUAUUUGAAGUACAUAUACGUUUGAAACUUCCUCAAAAAACUUUUUAUAAGGAGGAUUCAUUUGAGAAUGCUCCAGAUGCCUCACUUAAGCAUGUCAGUUUUCAACAGAAACCUUUGGAAUCUUUGGAUGAUUUGAAAACAGUAGAUGUGCUGUUUUCCAAAAUUCCCAGAAAAAAACCUAAAGGACAAUACAACAUUGAAGAAAAACAUGCUGUGUGUUCCUCUAAAAUCUUUCUUGUUUUUUUUCAUAGAUAUCCGGAAUUCCAUGCAAAUCUCUUUCUAACUCCCAACAGAUUGGAAUUUUCUAAGAAAAUUCAAGAAGUGAUUAAUAAUUUUGAAAAAUCUCUAACUCAUUUUAUUCCUUUCAGUCAAGAUCAGCGUCUGUUUAUCUUUUUCUUUGAACCUAUGAGCAUGAAAGUGCCUAGUGAACAAGAAUUGGAGAGACAAAAAAGGCUGGCAAGAUGGCCAGAUUACUCUUUCCUCUUUGAAAUGGAUCCUGCCUACCAAAACAACAUUGUGAACCUUCUGACUAUUAUUGGUAAUUCGAUGGCACGAGUUGAAUGUUAUAGCCACCACUUUCUUCAGUUUUGUACAAUGGUAGAACAAGCGAAGACAAUGUCAUAUAAAAUAGCAAGUGUACAAGAACAAUUAACCUCAAAUGAUUUUAGAGAUAUCUUGGAUGUAUACACAGACUAUUUUAGAGAUAUAGUUUAUAUGCCUGUUGAGAAACGCAUUAAUAUUUUCAAAGUUGUGAGUCUUGAAUAUCAGUCAAGCUGCUUACCAUAUAUUGAAAAUGUCAUUAAAAUGAGCCAUACAUUAUUGGAAUCCAUGAUUCAAGAAAAGAAUACAAGCCUCUUUGCAGUUAUCCAGUCGUCAUUGUUAAAGCUCGACAGCGAACUCACAGGCGUGGAAGAAUUUGUGGAACAUUUGACUUUCUUAGAUUAUAUUUCUUCAAAAAUGCCUUCACUAGAUAGAGAAUAUUAUAUUAUCUCCCAAAUGUAUUCAGUCACAAAACACUACAAUGUCACUAUUUCACCGGAGCAAGUUGCACUGCUUCAUGUCCUUCUUCUCAAAUAUAAUCAACUUAAAUCAGCUUUUAAAUUUCAUGAAUCAAAUAAGGAUAAUGCUAUUAUUAAAUUCAAGUCAAAUUUGGAUGAGUAUAUGCUCAAUUUGCAGAAUGAAGUUAGAGACUUGCGGGUCAAGGUUAAAAACCCUGUUCUUAUACAUCCCGCUACUCGGGCAACAACUGCUUUGGACAUUAUUGAAACUCUCUCAGAAGAAGCUACUGUUCUAGCCAACAAAGCUCAGACUUAUUCAAAUUAUCAGGAUCGUUUUGAGACUUCUACUGCAAUGAGAACUGUAGCUUUAGAGCGGAAUAUUGCAAACAACGUGAUAUCAGAGAUCUCAGAAAUUGAAUGCGAUUUAACUUUGAGGAAAAUAUUAUGGGAAGCGCAAGUGGAAUGGGCAAAUUUGUCUCAUGUGUGGAAGAACAGCAUUUUUGCUAAUAUUAACGUAGAUUUCAUUCAGAAAAGUGUUACAAGAUGGAUGCAUAUGAUUUAUAUGCUGGAUAAAGGCUUACCCAAAAAUUCUAUGGUAAAAACUCUUAAGCAAUCAGUAUUGGAUUUUAAACAAGGAUUACCUACUAUCGUAGCUUUGGUAAAUCCUUGUCUUAAAUCUCGGCACUGGGAUGCAAUACAGGCGAUUAUUGGGCAGGCAUUUAUUUUGGAUAGACAGAGCACAGUAGAGGAACUUCUGGAGCUUGAGUUGUAUCGCUAUGAAGAAAAUAUCAUUGAAAUAUCAACAAUAGCAACAAAUGAAGCCGCUCUGGAAAAAAUGCUGUUUAAGAUCAUUGAGCUAUGGGGCAAUACUCCUUUACGUUUUACUGUUCAUCAGACAGAAGAAAACUCGAUCCUUAUCAUUUCAUCCAUUGAUGAUAUAUUAGCUCAGUUAGAGGAGUCUCAAGUUAUAAUUGCAACAAUUAAAGGAUCUCCCUAUCUUGGGACAAUGAAGCCUCUUGCAGAUGAAUGGGACCAGAAGUUGGAUCUCUUCUCUCAUACUUUGGAUGACUGGAUGACAUGUCAAAGAAACUGGCUUUAUCUUGAACCCAUUUUUCUUGCUCCUGAAAUACAAAGGCAGCUUUCAACAGAAGCAAAGCUAUUCGCUGAUGUGACUUUUAUGUGGAAAGAUAUGACGUCAAGAGUAGAAAAUAAACCUGAAGCUCUGAAAAUAGUCAUAUCAGUGGGAAUUCUUGAAAUGUUGCAGAGUAGCAGUGUCCACCUUGAAAAAAUAAAGAAAAGUCUUGAGGAAUAUCUUGAAGUGAAGAGAAUGAUUUUCCCAAGAUUUUACUUUCUUAGCAAUGCUGAACUAAUUGAUAUUCUAGCUGAAAGCAAAAAUCCUGAGGCUAUCCAGCCUCAUCUUAUGAAAUGUUUUGAGAACAUAAGACAGUUGUUUAUAUGGAAAAAAGAAGUAGGUCCUCCUCUCGUUACAUUGCUCAUAUCAGCAGAAGGCGAAACUCUUCUUCUGCCAAAGAAAGUUCGUAUAAGAAAUGCUGUAGAACACUGGCUACUAAAUGUGGAGAAGAACAUGUUUGAUAUGGUAAAGAUGUUUAUAAACAAAGGAUUUGAUGAAUGGGACGAGACAAAUUUUGGAGAAUGGGUACAGUCUCAUCCAGGACAAGUGGUACUUCUUGUGAGCCAAAUAAUCUUUAAUAAGGACUGCACAGAAAGUUUUAAGAGUUCUGAGCCAAACUUGAAAUUGAAAGAAGUAGUUGAGAAACUGAUAGGUUUCCUGGGACAGCUUGCAGACCUAGUGGUGUGUGACACUCUUCAUUUUCGAAUAAAAACUACCAUAGAGGCAUUGCUCACCAUUUAUGUUCACUGCAGGGAUAUGUUGACAGAUUUACUGAACCAAAAUAUCUUGAAAGAAGAUAAUUUUGAAUGGACAAGGCAACUACGUUAUAAAUGGGAUGAAGACCAGAAGACAUGCUUUGUAUUUCAAGGACAUGCAACUUUUACUUAUGGCUUUGAGUACUUGGGCUGCACCUCCAGAUUGGUUAUUACACCUCUCACAGAUCGAUGCAGGUUAACCCUUACUAGUGCACUCCACUUGAACCUUGGAGGCUGUCCUGCUGGUCCAGCAGGCACAGGGAAAACAGAGACCGUCAAAGACCUGGCAAAAGCCGUGGGCAAGCAUUGUGUGGUCUUCAACUGUUUUGAAGAUUUGGAUUAUAAGAUGAUGGGAAAAUUUUUCUUUGGAAUAGUUCAGUCAGGAGCAUGGUGUUGUUUUGAUGAAUUCAAUCGAAUUGAUAUGGAAGUGCUCUCUGUGAUUGCCUCACAGAUGCAAACAAUUAAGGCAGCUAAGGAUAAUCGUUCUAACAGGUUUUUACUAGAAGGAAAAGAUAUCCGAAUCAACCUAUCCUGUGCAAUUUUUGUCACCUUGAAUCCUGGAUACAAAGGACGUGUGGAACUCCCAGAUAACUUAAAAUCUCUGUUUCGGCCAGUGGUGAUGAUGGUACCCCACUAUCAGUUGAUUGCUGAAAUAAUGCUGUUUGCAGCAGGUUUCAAAUAUGCAAAACCACUGUCAGCCAAACUCAUUAACCUUUAUGAACUAGCUAACAAGCAACUUUCACACCAGGAUCAUUAUGACUUUGGUAUGAGAGCUAUAAAGACAGUGCUAAUCAUGGCUGGUCAAAAGAAACAGGAGUAUAGAAUGAACACCAAUGAAGAUCUUUCUGAAAGUGAAGAAGUUCUAGUCAUUAUAUGGGCAAUGAGAGAAGCUAGUUUACCUAAGUUUCUUCCUGAAGAUGUUCCACUUUUUGAAAGUAUUCUGGGAGAUAUAUUCCCCAAAGUUGCAGUUCCAGAUGUGAAGCAGCCUAACUUGGAGAAAGCAAUAGACAUGGCAACAGAACAACUAAGCUUACAGCCUUGGCCAUCUCAGAAAAAAAAGGUUAUGGAGUUUUAUAAUCAAGUCCAGGCUUGUAUUGGUGUGAUGUUAGUAGGCCCAACAGGAGGAGGGAAGACUACAGUAAGAAAAAUUUUAGAAAAAGCUUUAAUUGUUUUACCAACUUUAGGCACAUUUACAUCUGCAAAACAGGAAGGGACUCCACAGGUUACAGGAAAAAAAGGCAAAAUAGAGAGUUUCACUUUAAAUCCAAAAUGUAUUACUCUUGGCGAACUCUAUGGCCAAAUGGAUCUGAGCAAUAUGGAAUGGUCUGAUGGAUUAUUGUCAUCAUCAGUGAGGAGAUUUGUGCAUUAUGGUACUAAAAAGAAAGCAAAGAAGAAUAUAGAGACUGGGGAAAAUUUGCACAUUUCAGAUUUCUCUAAUAUUUUCAUACUUGAUCCUAGUGACAAAGCAGAGUUUACUCAAGAUGAAUAUGAGGAAGAGGAUGAAAUAGAGAAAGAUGUUCAACCUCCAGAAGAUAAUCAAUAUCUGAAAAUUACAGAUUGGCAGUGGAUAGUGUUUGAUGGUCCAGUUGACACCAUAUGGAUAGAAAACCUAAACACUGUGCUAGAUGACAACAAAACCUUGUGCCUUGCUAACAGCGAGAGAAUCAUUUUAACUGAUAGCAUAAGGAUGAUUUUUGAAGUGGACAAUCUCUCUCAGGCCAGUCCUGCUACUAUCACUCGAUGUGCAAUGGUCUAUAUGGAUCCUGCUGACCUAGGAUGGGAGCCAUACGUUAAGACAUGGCUUGUAAAAACUUCAGCACUUCUUCCACAAAAUGGCAUAGACAAUCUUGAAAAGAUGUUUAAAAAAAGUGUGGAAGAAGGUUUAUCCUUUUUAAGGAAGAAUAAUAGUAUACAGCCAUUUUAUAUACAUGAAAUACCAAUUUUAACAAAUCUCUGUAGGAUUCUUGAUGCUUUUUUUAGUUUCAUGGAAGAGAAUAGAGUCUUUGGCAAAUCUAUUGAACCGAUCGUAGUGACAAAAAGAACCCCAAUAAGUAAAUACGCUGUUAAAUUCAGACGAGAUGAUGAUAAAAUAAAAAGAAGCCUUCUCAAACAACAAGGCAAGGAAGAAUCAAAGUGGUUUCUUCAGAGAAAUCCUGGGAAGUUAUGUUUAAUGCUUGAUAAGAUUUUUGUGUUUGCAUUUACUUGGUCAUUUGGAGGGAUUUUGAAACGUGAAGAUGAACAUGAAGAUGAUGUCCUGUUUGGCUCAGGGGAUGGAUUUGCAGCUCUCCGGAAAAUAACCUAUGACUUUGACAACCUCAUUCAUGAAUUGUUUGAAGGAGAUCCACCAUAUGGCAUUCGUUUGCCAUCGGGAGAACGUUCUAUCUUUGGUUAUUUUGUGGACUUACAGAACUGUGAUUUCACACCUUGGUCAAACUUAAUUCCUUCUUCAGACAGUUUAAUUCAAGGAAGUUCACACAGCUCUGGUUCUCACACAUCCCUGGAUAAUAUAAUCAAGUAUAAUGAAAAUAUAGAGUUUAAUCAUCAUUUUGCUACUAGAGAUACAAUAUCUUUCUCCUUUUUGAUGAGUCUUUUUAUAAAGAACAAAUAUCCUAUACUAAUUGCAGGAGAGUCUGGUGUUGGGAAGACCGCUGUCAUUAACCAAAUGCUUGAGAGACUUCAGGGCCCAGGGGGAUUAGCGAUAAAACCUGGAACUAUUUUAGGAGAUGUUUUUUUGCAUAAGAAAAUUAGAAAAUCAAGCCUACAAGAGAAUCUCAGCAUGUUAAUUACAGACAGCUUUAAGUCACCAACUAAAGAUUUAGCUUCUUUUGGACAAAAGAAUUAUUGGACUAACGAGGAAGAAAGUGAAGAAACUCAUGUUAAAGAGGAGAAAAAAAUAAUUGUGUCCACAAUAAAAUUUAGUGCCAAUACAACUGCUGGCAAAACUCAGGAGUUGAUUCUUAAGAAAUUAAUACGAAAAACUAAAGAUAUUCAUGGAGCUCCACAAGACAGCCAGGUGAUUAUAUUUAUUGAUGAUCUGAAUUCACCAGUGCCAGAGGAGUAUGGGGCACAACCACCGCUGGAAUUGGUCAGACAGUUAUUGGAUUCAGGAGGGUUUUAUAAUACUGAACAACUUUUAUGGAAGGAUAUUCAAGAUAUAUCUCUGGUUGCAGCUUGUGGUAUUCCACUUGGUGGGAAAAGUGAUAUCAGUCCACGUCUCCUCAAACAUUUUUUUACACUAGUAAUGCCUCAUCCUCCACAAUAUGCAUUGUAUACUAUUCUUCAGGCUCAUCUGGGAAUACACUUACAUAACAAUUCCUUCCUCUCUGAUGUUCAGAGGUGCAGGCAGCAACUGGCAGCGAUUUCCCUCUCCAUAUACUAUCACGUAUGUCACCAUCUGUUACCAACCCCAGCUAAGUGUCACUACAUGUUCAGUCUUCGGGAUCUAUUUAAGCUACUCCAUGGAUUAUUACAAGCUAACAAGUCAGUUGUUGUGUCUAAAGAAACCGCUGCCCUGUUUUUUGUACAUGAAGCAACCCGAGUAUUUCAUGGCUUAGUUGACACUGAGGAAAGAAAAUUUUUUUUCGAGCUUCUUUCACAUGAGCUAGAACUCUAUUUUAAGAUUGUAUUGGCCCGAGACAAAAUCAUGAAUGAUUUAACCUUGUAUGUGGAUUUUUUGGGUAACAAACCUCAUAGGAGAAGGAUCUAUCAGAACUGUAAUAACCAGAAAAAACUUGCAGAUAUACUUUCUGAAUUCCAGCUAUUGGGUUCAAGUGGUUUUGAGCUUUCAAAUUCAAUGGUGUUCUUCAAUGAAGCCACAGAACAUGUUUGCAGAGCAGCAAGAGUCCUUCGACAACCAGGGGGCCACAUGUUCCUGAUUGGAAUAGAAGGAUGUGGAAAAGAAACGUGUGCCACCCUUGCAUGUUACUUGGGAGAUUGUAAACUCUACAGAUUAUGCACAGCUCGUAGUUAUGGCCACCUGGAAUUCAGAGAAGACUUAAAACAAGUCCUUUCUAAAACAGGACUAGAAGGAAAACCUGUUUUGCUUAUUCUUGAUACACAUCUAACUCAGGAGACUGUUUUAGAAGAUUUGAACAGCAUUCUCAAUUCAGGAUCUAUGCCUGAUGUAUUUGAAAAUGAAGAGCUGGAUAAUAUAGCAUCAGGUCUCAGAAACGUUGCUGAAGAAUCCUGUUGUGGUGACAGCCGACAAGCUUUGCUUCUAUUCUUCCAAAAGAGAAUCGCAAGAAAUCUUCAUAUUUUUAUGACCGUAAGUCCUGCAGGGCCCAAUUUCCGCCGAAAUUGUCGUGAGUACCCGGCCUUGAUCACUUGCAGCACAGUUGACUGGUAUGAGAGGUGGCCGGAAGAAGCUCUUUUUACUGUAGCCAUGUCUCAUUUAAAACAAAAACAUGGCCUGGACACCAAAGAGGAUUUAAUACCAACACUUGCCCAAACAUGUGUUCAGUUCCACAGAAGUAUUGCUGAAAUGAAUAUCAAAUUUUGGAAAGAAACUAAAAGACAUUAUUAUAUCACUCCAAGUAGCUAUCUGCACUUUAUAGAUACCUUUACACACAUCUUGAAAUCAAGGGAAAAGAAAAUGAUGAUAAAGAGGGAACGUUUUAAUAAUGGCCUCUCAAAGAUUCUGGAAGCAUCAGCACUAGUUUCAAAAAUGCAUGAAGAGCUUCUCAUCCUCGGUCCCCAAAUAGAACAAAAAACUAAGGAAACUGACAUACUCAUGGAAAAAUUAAAAAGAGAUUCACAAGUUGUACAACAAGUACAGAUCCUUGUGAAAGGGGAUGAAGAACUGAUGGCUCGGGAAAUACAAAUUGUAGAAGAGUAUGCUGAGAAAACACAAGAAGAGCUAAGUAAUGUGAUACCAGCUUUUGAAGAAGCAAUUGUGGCUCUGAAUGCCCUAGACAAAAAUGACAUAUCUGAAAUAAGAGUGUACACACACCCGCCUUAUCUAGUACUGACUGUCAUGAAUGCAGUUUGUGUCCUUCUGGAAAAGAAACCUAACUGGGUAACUGCGAAACUACUCCUUGCAGAUCCUGGAUUCCUCAAAAAACUGACUAACCUGGAUAAGGACAGCAUACCUGAAAGGGCAUUUGCAAGACUGAGAAGAUAUUUAAGUUUACCUGAUUUCAACCCAACAAAGAUUGCUCAUGUGUCUGUUGCCUGUUGUUCCAUGUGCCAGUGGGUGAUAGCUUUAAAUAACUACCAUGAAGUACGGAAGAUGUUGCAACCAAAACAACGCCAAGUAGCUGAAGCUCAAAAAGUACUCCAGCUUGGUCGAGAAAAGCUGGCAGAAAAACAAAAGGGUUUGGAAUUGAUCGAAGAGCAUUUGCAUACUUUACAAUUCGCCUACAAUGACAGUGUUUCUGAAAAAGAAUUCUUAGCUGACCGGAAACAACUGACAACAAAGCGCUUACAUAGCGCCUGCAUUUUACUAACAGCUCUAGAAGAUGAGAGGAGUCGAUGGGAAGAAACAGUGAACUUACUAGACCAUCGGUUAGAAGGAAUUGUGGGUGAUAUACUUAUUUCAGCAGCAUGCAUCGUCUACAGUGGAGUGUUCCCAACUGAGUACCGCCAGUUAAUUGUGAAUCAAUGGGAAAAGCUCUGUGAUGAAAAUAACAUUUCUAAAUCUGCCAACUUUUCUUUAAUUGAAGUCAUGGGAAACCAGCAUGAGAUGCGCCAGUGGCAUAAUCAAGGUUUGCCCCUUGGUCAGUAUUCAAUAGAAAAUGCCAUCUUGGUUAAGAGUGGACUGCUGUGGCCUCUGCUAAUUGAUCCGCAUAAACAAGCCUACAAUUGGCUGCGUCAGAUGGAAGGUGGCAGACUGCAGGAACUUAUUAUUGGUGACACUAAUUAUAUUAAAGUCAUUGAAAAUGCUAUGAAAACUGGAGGAUGUAUUCUCUUAAAGAAUCUUCCUGAAACAUUAGAUCCAAGCUUAAAAAGCAUCUUAAAGAAGGACAUCUACCAGAAAAGAGGGCAGCCUUUUAUCAAGAUUGAUGAAAACGAGAUUGAAUACAAUCACAACUUUAGGUUAUACGUAACGACAGAACUAGGCAACCCACAUUUUCUUCCAUCCGUUUAUAAUUACGUUACCAUGAUCAACUUCACGGUGACGUUCCAAGGUCUGCAGGACCAGCUCUUGUCUACUGUGGUGAUUCAUGAAGUCCCUCAUUUAGAGGAGCAACGCUACCAGUUGUUAGAGAACAUUUCUGCUGACCUUUUAACCCUCCGGGAACUAGAGGAAAAAUCUUUGAGUUUAUUGCAGAAAACACAAGGAUGUAUAUUAGAUGAUGAAGCCAUUAUAGAAAAUCUUAAAAAAUCCAAACUGACAUCCACCGAAGUUUCAGAACGCAUCAAGGCAGCAGAAAAAACCGAAAAUGAAUUUCAAAUGACCCGGAAAAAUUAUCUUCCUAUCGCAACCCGGGGUGCCUUGCUCUACUUCUUAGUAGCAGAUCUCGCACAGAUCAACUAUAUGUACCAAUUUUCUCUGGACUGGUUCCGGGAGAUGUUUGUGAUGUCUGUGACCUACAAACCUGACCAUGUUGAAAAUAAAUCUCAGUUUGCUUCUGUUUUAAGAAAAGUGGAAGUAUUUCAGAAACUGCAUAAGUACCAGGACGAUAAGCCUGACCCUCUGAAGGACAGAGAUCGCUUUAACAAUUACAUUGCCGAUUUAGUCGAGGUAUUGACAGAAAGCAUUUAUAAGGUUGUUUCUUCCGCACUGUUUAUUGAAAACAAACUCUGCUUCUCCUUUCGGCUUUGCACCUUAAUCCUGCAAAAUAAUUGUGAUGGAUCCCAAAUCCUGAAUAGUACAGAAUGCUUACCUGAGGAAGAAUGGAACAUCUUCUUGUACUCUAACCUAUUGGUAAAUAUUGAGAACAAAUUACCCCAGAUUAAAAAUGAAGAUUUAUAUGAACUCAGAAAAGCUGAGCAUCUUUUCUGGCUUUCUGAAUCCAGGUGGAAAGAGUGCCAAUUCAUCUGCCAUCACAUACAACCAUUUUCUUUUUUAUGUCAAUCUCUUUUAUCAAAUAAAUCACAAUGGGAUUAUUUUAUGAAUAGUAAAGGUACAUAUUUCCUAAUGAGCAAACCUUACUCUUCCGUAAAAUCACAAGAAGAUCUCAAUACAGAAAAUGAUUUGGAAGAAUGGAAGUCUUCUGAAAUAAUCUUCGCCUGGGAAAAACUCACUUCAUUUCAAAGACUUACAUUGAUAAAAAUCCUUAAGCCAGAAUCCUUAAAUAAUUCUGUGCAAAAUUUUGUCAUUGAAAAAUUGGGACAUAAUUAUCUUCAUACAGCUGGAAUUAAUUUAAAAGAAGUGUUUAGAGAAUCUAAUGCCAGAAUUCCACUAAUAUUCAUCCAUUCUCAUGGAAUAGAUCCAACUACUCUCCUACUGAGAUUUGCACAGGAGAUGAAAGGAAGUACCAAUCAUGUGACCAUGAUUUCUUUGGGACGGGGCCAAGGAAUUAAAGCUGAAGAAUUAAUAUACAAGGCAAAAAUAAAGAAGGGUCAGUGGGUCUUCCUCCAGAACUGCCAUCUUGCUGCAUCUUUUAUGCCAAGGCUUUGUGCCAUUGUUGAAGCAUUUAAUUAUUCAAAACUAGACCCCGACUUUAGACUAUGGUUAAGCUCAAAACCAGACAGUUCCUUCCCCAUAGCUAUUCUGCAGAAGAGUCUGAAGAUAACAGUAGAAUCUCCCCAGGGUGUGAAGGCAAAUCUCCUUCAGACAUUUGGGUACCAUGGCAGUGGAGAGGUAACAGAAAAGAUCUAUGAAAACACUGGAUGUGGACCGUCAUGGAAAAAACUUUUAUUCAGCAUCUCUUUCUUCAAUGCUGUAGUCAAUGAAAGAAAAAAGUAUGGAACAUUAGGCUGGAAUAUUCCUUAUGAAUUUAGUUCCUCAGACUUGGAGGUCACCAUCAAAAUGUUAGCAAUUCUCCUGGCCGAAAAGUCAGAAAUUCCUUGGGAAGCAAUAUAUUAUUUGACAGGAGAAAUAAUUUAUGGAGGCCGAGUGACAGAUUGCUGGGAUAGGCUCUGCCUACUAGCUCUUCUAAAAAAAUUUUGUAAUCCUGAUGUACUGAACAAGGACUUCAGUUUUACCGAUGAUGGGCUGUAUUCAAUGCCACCUGCUUCUGCAAACCUAAUAGAAUGCAGGGAGUAUAUAGAAACCCUCCCAGAUUUUGAACUGCCCGAAAUCCUUGGAAUGCACCAGCAGACUUCAAGGAUUUAUCAGGAAUCCCAGUCCCAAGAACUUCUUGACACCAUCAUUGCUAUGCAACCAAGAAUUGCUAUUGCCAACAUAAUCACUGGGAGUGGAAAGAGCCAAGAUGAACUAGUGCUGGAACUCUCAUCUGAAAUGCUCAAGCGAUUGCCUCUGACUGUAGAGAAAGAACCAUUGAUCACUGAGACAAAAGACGUCAUUCCGCCUACCCUGUUAACCAUUAUCUCAAGUUCUGUUUGGGUCAGACUUAAUAAAAAUGUCAAAGAUUAUGACCCCCUCCUUCAUUCUGCCUUGUUAACAUUCCUGUGUCAAGAAAUUGGUCGAUUUAAUAAGUUACUCUCCCUAAUCCACCAGUCUCUGAAAGAACUCCAGGGUGCUGUCAGAGGUGAAACCACCAUCAACCAGAAGCUAGAGGUGAUCUAUGAUUGUCUCAUUAAUAACAAAGUGCCUGAGUUAUGGCAGCAAGCUUCUUAUAAUACCGGAAAGGUGUUGUCUACCUGGAUCACCUUUCUCCUCCAGCGACUGGCAUUCAUCCAGAACUGGGCAAAAGUGGUCUACAACGCUAUAUAUUUUCGGUAUACUAAAAUGACUACUGUUUGGAAGCACUACUUUCCAAAUCGGAAUAAAGAAUUUCAAGAGAAAGAGGAGGAAGAGGCAGAUCCCAUUAACUCCUUUCCAACCCGAUUCUGGCUUCCAACUUUCUUCUUCCCACAAGGUUUCUUUAUGGCCGUGCUGCAGAAUUAUGCAAGAUCCAAAAAAAUCUCUGUAGACUCUGUUACUUUUGUCCAUCACGUAAUCAGUGAACCCCAUGAUGAAACACUCUCCAGAAGUCUUGCAUUUAAAGAGUACAUACUGAAGAAAGCAUUUAAGGACAUUAAACGUAACCAAGUUGGAGUUACUGUUUUUGGCUUAUAUAUGGAAGGAGCAAAAUGGAACCUAGAAGAAAAACAUUUGGAUGAUCCACUGCCUCGAGAGAGAUAUUCUGAUUUUCCAGAAAUACAGUUUUUGCCCCAAAAGAUUUCCACUCCAGUUAAUGUUUUCAAGGAUAUCCUCAUAAAGCAGAAUCUUUAUGAAUGUCCUGUUUACCGGACUCCUCGGAGGAUAGAAUCAGUGGCCACUCCUGGCAUGUUUACCAAUUUCAUAACAACCGUAUUUAUGCAAACACAGAAGCCUCCCCCUCACUGGAUUACAAGACGGGUGGUAUUAAUCUGUGAACUCAAUGAAUGA